AUGAACAGCCAAACUCGUUCUAUCCCUUCGACUGAAAUUUUCAAUCAUCAGCAAGAUCUUUCAAUACUAUUGGUCAAUAAUGACGAUCUUGUCAGAUCCAUGACAUCGAGAGCAACUUUUGCUCGUAAUCUCCGAGUAAGACCUUCACCUACGACUAUUCAUCGAACGAAAAACAUCACUCUCCGACAAUUAUUACCACCCAGCGACGAAACAACAAUCAAGUCAAAUAUCGAAAAAGAACAGUUGAAUUCAUCAUUGGUGGUGACAACUACUACUAGUACUUCUUACAGUCUGAAAAAAUCUAAAAGGGAAAGUAAGAAGCAACCGACAACAGAACGAAUCUCUCACAAUGAUCGUCAUCGCGACUGCAACACCAGUGGUUGUGAUGAAAAUGAAAUUCAAACGGCCACUUUUUCUUCUUCUAAAACUUCAUCAACACCAAUUUCAAUCCUUCAAAAAAUGCAAGAGAAUGAUCGGGAUGAGGCUCGACUGUCGGAUCUAAGAGGAGGGAAGGAAAAUGUUGGUUCUCGGCAGGAUGAUCAUUUUCCUCGCUAUCAGGAGCAAGCAUCAUUGAAAAACAACUCAUUUCAACCACAUGUUUCAAUUCAGCGGAAUGAUCCAAAUAUGAAUAAUGCUAAUAAUAAUGAUAAUAAUACUAAUUUGGAAACAAUACAGCAACAUUUGGAUAGUCAUCAAAAUAAUGAAACUGGAAUGGUGAAUAAGAACCGAAGUCAUCAUUUAAAAUUUUACGAUGAUGAUGAAGAUUUUGUUAUAUUUGAAAAUGCGUUGUAUAAUACUUCACAAGAUUCAGAAUCAUCAUCACCAACCUCAUCCCCUACAUCAUCACCUUCCAGAAAUCCAUUUUCCAGAAAAAAACUUCAAGGAUUAAUACCUAAUUCUUGGAAGAAUAUGUUUGUAAGCUCCAAAAAAGAAGAUCCCUUAGAAAAGAAGCCCAUUGUGGCAAGAAAAAACAAUAAUGCAAAGAAACGCAAGUCUUUCGUGUCACCUGAAGAAGUACUGUCCAAGUGGAUCCAGCAGUUAAUUUCAGAAUCAAGUGACUCCCUCACAACGAGUAAGGGAUUUAAAGAUUUGAUGGAAAUACUGUCGGACAAAUUACUGACACCACCUCCAACAACCUCUAAAGCUUCAAAGAUGAGGAAGCUUGAACAUAAUCUUCUGGUGAGCCUCAUUGAUACCCUCAUCAAGUACGAGAUUUUAACAGAUCCCACAAAUGAUCAACCUGAACACAGCCACGACAAUCCAACACGCACCACACCUAACAAUUACACAACUAAUCCUGACUCCUCCAACCCAAUUAUUCCAAUGGCACACCUUGGCCAAUCCAAUCUUACUCUACGAAUCCAAACAUCUCUGUUGCAAGGAAAAGAAAAAGAUGUCAUUCACUCUGUUUUGCACGAUUACUCCAGGCGUUUUCCCCAACAAACUUCCUCUCAGCUGAACAAAAGCGCUGACUCAGAACAUGCGUCAUCGCGUUCCAUCGGUAACAGCGAACACUGUGAAUUGACGUCUCAUUUUAAAAUUAACGACAAUUCUCCUUCAUUCAAUCCUUCUCACAUGCCGCAAAAUGAAUCGCAACAAAAUAAUCCCCAACAACAAAACCAAGAAUCCACGUCCGCGAACUCGCAACCAACAUCAUCGAUACCAACACAAAAUAGAUCUUCUAUGCUUUUGAUGUCCUUCGAUGAAUUUUUACAUGGAGAAGGAGGAUACUCUUCAUCAUUUAGACCGUCACCACGAGUUAAUGGAAAGAUGGAAACAGAAUCACAUUCGGAGAGUCUGGAAGAAAGCUCAGUGCUGUCAGCAUCUAAUGUGGAGAGUUCAAUGUCAACACCAUCAUCUAAAGGAGUACUUUCAACGACUCAACCAAGCUCUUCCAAUGAAGUGAUUGGUGUUAGUGCAGUGCUAACGGUUUUGACUUUGAAUAUUGGAUCAACAGCAACAACAGGCACACCAGUAGAAGCCACCAACAACAUUGAAGUGACAGCUGACAAUACAAAAGAUGAACAACAACCAGAAGGUACUCCCUAUGAGAGAAAGUUAAUGUUUGGAGAAAAGAGUCUGUUUGAAAUGAAAUCACAACUGAAAGGAAGACAUCGGUAUGGCUUUCUGACACCCAUGCAAUUUUUGGAUUUCGGCUUGAGAGCUGGCUUUGAUGAAGAUGAAUUUGCAUCCAUUUUCGCUGUAACAUAUUCUACAUUUAUGUCCACACAUCAACUCAUUCCCAUGUUGGAAUUUGUAAUGAAAGUAAUUUUGAAUGAUGAAAAAGUUCCACAACCUAUUGACGAAGAGGAAGACGAAAACGUUGACCAUGAUUUAUCGGAAGCUUCGAAUGUUGUGGAUAAUGACUGUAAAUUAUCAUGUGAAGAGAAAAACCUUGUUAUUAGACGAGUGGUUUGUCUCUUAAAACACUUUGUAUCAUUAGCAUUCUCAGAUUUUCAAUUUGACAAGAAAUUCCAUGAAAUGCUUUAUUCCUUUGUUGCUCCACUUUCUGGUUUUAUCCAAUUCGAAGCAGCUAAUGGAGAAGCAAUCCAGGAACAAGUGUGUGAUCUCGUGGAGAGAAUUACACUGGUUAUUUCUGGAGCUCAUGAAGAUCAGUACAUUCAACCAAAUCCACCAAAACCUCUCAUCAAGAAAAUACCUAACGAUCCAAGAAAGAUUAACAUGGUAGACAUUGAUCCUGUAGAAAUUGCAAGACAACUCACACUGUUUGAGUUCAGUUCCUUCGAAAAGAUAACUGCCAAAGAGUUGCUGGGAGCUUCAUGGAUGAAAGAAACAAAGGAGUGGACUGCUCCCAAUAUUACUCAAGUGAUUUGGCGAAGUAAUCAAAUGACAGAUUGGGUAGGAACAUAUAUUUGUAGUAUAAAAAAUUUGAAAGAAAGACGGAAGGCAUUGAAACAUUUAAUUCAAGUUGCAGAUGCUUGCUUGGAAAUGCACAAUUAUAAUACUGUAUUUGAAAUUGUCAUGGGUUUAAUAUCUCAGCCAGUAUACAGAUUGAAGAAGACUUGGGAGGUGGUAAAAGAACAUGAAUUGCAAAGAGCCUGGAGGCGACUUGAAGAUAUUACGAGUUUUCAACAAAGUAGAAAAGCUUACAGAGACCAAAUCAAAAAAGUCAUUAAGGAAUCUGUUGACAAACUCACGCCUUGCCUACCAUACUUGGGAAUUCACUUGAGUGAUUUAGUCUUCUUUGACGAAGGUAAUAAGGACAAGAUGGAAAAAGGUGUCACAACAUACUAUAAUUUUACAAAACGAGCACUCAUGGGUCAAAUUGUUUAUCAAAUCAUUGCCGUGAAAAAGAUACCCUACAACUUCCAAAAGGUUGAUUUCAUUGAAGAAUUCAUAUGGUGGCAGCUUAAUAGCAAGGUUUUGCAUGAUGAAUCAGUAAGAGAUAAAUUAUCGAGGCAGUGCGAGUAA